GAGAAAGGAAAAAAAAAUGUUUUUUUUGUUUGUUCAUUAUGUAUUUAUGUAAAUAAUUAUUUGACUUUGGGUUCUGUGAUGACAGAAUGCCAUUGGAGGGGAGGAUGGUGGAAGAGAAGGUAGUAGAUAAGUGUAAAUAUGUAAGUUAAAGCUAAUACAUGUGAUGACUUGCUAAUUGAUUUUUUAACUUGGAAUAUGAAAGUGUGUACAGGUAUGUGCAACAAAGAUGUAAAAAUAUUUUGAUCUUUUGGAGCCUGUUCUUUACAAUUCUAUAUAAACUUUACAGAGUUGGAUGAGCACAUAGGAGUCAGGCCCAAAGAUGGGUUUUUGACCUUUUACUGUGUCUCUUUCUACUUUGCAGUUCAUACAGAUAGAAUGAAUACUAUGUAUUGUUUUAAUGUAAGGAUAUAAUAUUGAUUCUCUUUAGAGAUUUUUUUGUUGUUGUUGUUCUGUUUUGUUUCUGAUAAUAUACAGAAAUAGUUUGCAUUUAUCAGAAUAUUCUGCUGGGAUUUGACACUUCUGGGUUUUAAUUUUUUUCCUCCCUAGCAUUUCCAUCAUAAAAAUUUAUUUGCUUGACAGUGAAUCUUGAAAUCUUUUGAAGUCAGAAGUGGGCUCUUCUGAACGUCCUUUAUGAUAACUCUUUUCUUGUCAGAUUUUAGAAAUCUUGCUCUCAAAGUACAUGUUGGUACAGUACAUGUAGGCAAUAGAUUUUUACUCCUAAUUACUUUAUUUUUGGGAGUUACUCCUGUGAGUCUUAAAGGCAUCAUUUGCAGUAGAAAAGCAGUUAGGUUGUGGCUCAGUAAGAUUGAGAUAUUUGAGAAAUAAGCAUGUUUUUAUUUAGAAAGGAUGUGGCUAUAUGUAAUGUGUCUUUAAGACAUGUUGCUUAUAUAUAAGACAUACAGGAUUUAUAGUUCACUUGGAAGAAUUCAAUGAAGGCACCCAAAUAUUCGAAUGUUUGAACUCAGGACUUGAUUUGAUAAACUAGCACAAGUUUAUCAUAGUCUGUAUAUAUAUUUAUUUAGUUUUUCUCACACAGUUGUCAUGGAAAACUUUAAUAACAUGCUUUCUCCUAUUACCCACAGUAAGUUACUUAAGUGUCAUAGUACUCCCAGAAGAACCAUGUUGCAGAUAACCACCAAAGCUAUUUGUAUAAUAAGCAUAUCUGCAAAAAUAGAGGUCUCAAAGGAGGUAGGCUAAAAAAUCAAAGUGAAAAUUGAGGGCAUCCCAAAUACGCGGACAAAUUUGUAGUGUGGCAGAAUUCUCAGGGCCCCUUUCCUCAAGGCAACUCUGACACCUAGCAUCUGGAAAAUCCAGUCAUUACUGCAGGUUCUACGCAGUCAUCCAAAAAACUUGACAAAAAACAGUGUUGUUUCUCAAACCAGGAAGCAUUCUUUCUGAAGAGCAGAAACAAUUUCAGAACAUAAUUUGCUGAGCACAGUUAUUUUUUGUGUAACUGUGGGCAGUCUAGUGCACUUAUCUUGAGUUUUUUUUCUUUUCUAGGUCAGCUCAGUAGUUUAUCACUACUCCCACCAAUAUCUGUCACUCUCGUCACAGAAAUCAGUAUGACUUUUCUCCCACAGACCUCAUCACCACCAUUUCUCACUCCUAGGGAUAAUCUUUGUAUUUAUUGUAAGAGAUAAAUGAUAAAAUGCAGAAACGUGUGCUUUUUCUCCACACCUUUUUAAUGGAUGAAAUAUUUUCAGUGUUCCCUUAUUAAAAAUACUUCGGACUUUUUCUUACAAUAAAAUUGGUUUAUAUCAUAAAACAAUAUUUAUUCUCUUUUAGAUUAACUGGUUUAUACCUAGAUAUUUAAAAGUAAAAGAUAUGUAUAAACUUUUCUAAAUUGGUUUUAUAACAGCAAAGGAUUGACUUUCUAGGUUAAUGUUAGCGAUGUGCUAUGGGGAUGCCAAUACAUUUGAUAAUAAAAACCUCCAGAAGUUACUGAACAUGAUUGUCACCAUUCUUUUUGCUUCUGCCACAAAGAACCAGCAAGCUAAAUAUGAGAUAAUCUUACAGCAUUUAACUUAUGUCCUCAGUUUGUCCCUCCUAACUCAGUUUUUGAUCAAAACAAUUAAUUGUUCUUCAGUCCUUAAAAAUGCAUGCAGCUAGAUUGUAGCUUCCUGUGGCAAGGAAGACUACUUUUUGAAUCAGCAACCUUAUAGUUUUCUCUAGUUUAGCUUAACAGUGUUGACAACCUGAAUGACCAGCCUGGGAAAUUCCUGGCUCAAGCAGCUGCAGUCCACCCUGUUCCAGCCAUAUACAUGUAACACAUAUGUGGUGAAUACUAGGAAGUGUUUGUGGACUAAGUUACGCUCCUGAUCGAACGAUCGAUCUAUCUAUCUACCUACCUACCUACCUAUUUACAUAUAUAUAUAUAUAUAUAUAAAAUAAACUCUCCAGAGAUAACUUUUAGUAGCAUUCUUCUAUAUAGGGUUAUCAGACUGGCUCAGGGAUCAUUUUGUGUAUCUCCUGCAUCUCCAUUUCCCUUAUCAAUCCCUGUUUAACUUAAAUGGUGGAGUGGUGUUUUGCUUCAAAGCAAACCAAUCUUUAUAAAGCCCUUUAACCUGCAUUAUGCAAUUUGGUAUCAAGGCACGUUAUGGCUCUGUGGGACUUGAUACUGGCUUCUAUUCAGGAAAUCUGAGUCAUGGGGAUUGGUGCAGAAUACUGUUGACAAACAAGAAACAAGAUAAAUAACUUGUAGAAGUUAAAUCUUCCAAGAAAAAAAUAAACCAUUUUUUAAAUCAAACAACAGAGGAAUGAACCAUGACAAUGUGAGUGUGCUUUAAAAAUUAUCUGCGGUCGGCUGUGAUUGACCUCUGGCAGACACAGCUUCACAGCAAUCUGUCUCUUCAUUUUGAGACUCACCUCCUAGGAUGUAACCCUGAAAUGAGGUUGCAAUACUCAGUAAUUACCAUACCUUACAAAAUAGCAAAGACUCGAAAGUCAAAGUGAUAGCUCUCUUGACUGUGACAAGGAAUUGCAAUAUUACUUUUUGCAAUUUCUUCUGAAGAAAAAGUUCUCUUAGGUAUCUAGAUUUAAAAAGCAAGGAUUGUAGAAUGAGACAUGGAAGAUCUUGAAAGGACAGAAAAUUCUUCAUUAACGAUUAAAUAAAAUCAAGACCAGUGGCAAUAAAUCUGUCCAUUCUAACUGGAAUCGGAAACUCUGUUCAAAGAUGAAGCAUAGGCACCAGGAUCAUCUUUUACUGUUGAACAAGGUAAGAUGUACUCAUCUGAGGAACAGUUCAGAAAAGGAGGAAUAUAUUCACAUUACACAUUAUAGACAGAGCAAAUAAUAAAGUGUCUGAUUAAUCUGAUCAGUCUCACUGAUACUUCUGCUCCAAGUGCUUUAUAGUACUACAUGAUGGAAGAAGUGGCAGAAUGACAGGGCUGAUACAUUGGAAGGCUAAGAGCCUUGGGCCUUGCUUAAUGCAUAAUAAUACAGAAAAUAAGAAAACUUGUCAGGAAAGCUUUUUAUUGAGUUUCAUACCCUUACGCUCAUGUAUUCUGAGAAUUUUCUCUAAGUUCUACUGCAUUCUUGAGGUGAGAGAACCUUUGCCUUUGUAGGUUUGUGUACUGUUUCUUGUCUCUAUUUGUUUACAUUUUUUGCAGGUUAAUGGAAGGAAGGCAUUCAUGGCAGUGGAAGCUCCCGUGUUUGCAGAGGAUGAAAAAAGUCCGGUCUGUGUUUCUGAAUCUAGCACUGUAGUAUAGGUUCCCAAACUGGUCUCAGAAGUCCUUCUCUUUGCCUAGAGAUGCUCAGUAGGCAUGCCUCAGCUCCCCAGGGCUGUUCAAGAUACAGCUUCAGAGUGCUGCAUAGCUCACUUGCUGCCGCCAGCUGUAUAGUUACCUUGACAGAGCCAGCUGAGGUGAGGAGCACUGCUCUGAGAGAUCCAAAGUGUCCGAGAAGCUGUCAGAACAGCUCAGCGGUUUAAUUUAAAGUGCAGUUUAGCAGUUGUGUGGGGGAAAAAAAGGAGAAGUGUUUGUUGUUUUGAAAAUAUCGACUGGAGUCUGUUACAUGUCAGAAGACAGAAUGAAUAAAGGGUGGUUUUCUUCGAUUCCUGUGAGUGUCCUGGUUGUAAAAUCUGGGAUGAUCAAAGCAGUGAGCAGCAAAUCCAGAGCAGUGGCACCCAUUAGGCAGCCCCAACACGGUUUUUCUUGUGGUCUGAACUCUGCCUGCCAUUGCGGGCUGGCUUCCAUACACGUCUCCGCACUGAGCUGACCCGUGGAGAGGAGGGGAGCUGAGAGUGCUGCUGUUUUCCUGCACCCUCUGUCCUUUUCACAGCUCUCCUUAACCCACCGUUUCUCCAGGUAUCAGCACAAAUCUGUUCUUAAUGCUCAUCUCAGAUUACGUCUGAGCAGAGAUGAAAGAAUCGCCAUUUGCCCAGGUUUUAUCCUGGGAUGUGAAGGGCAGUGGUGUAGCAGCAGAUCUUCUACUUUAGCUCAGACUCGAACAGCAGGACCUUGUUACUUCUGUCACCAGCAUGACACCUACAGAAUGAUUGUUUCAGUCUUAUCUCUGUGCUACAAGCAAGUCAGUGCAUUCUUAGGUACAUAUAUGAGUACAGGCAGAAGGCAAAGCUCGUGGAGACCUUCCACUGGAGAGUAGCGUGCUCACACUGAUACUCUGGUCAGUAUGACUUUUAAAAACAGACAGAAAUUGAAGGGCCUGUGAAAAUACGUGGUUAAUUAAGUGUGAAAGGUGCUGUCCUUGUUUGGACUGUCUGUUAAUGGUAUGACAAGCUCCAGUAAAGAGCUUAGCUGGCCAGAUUAAAAUUAAAAAAUUGUCUCAGUCCAUCUGCCAGCUCUGAGGCGUUUACUUCAUCACCUUUCCUUGUUUCUUCACUGGAGUGGAAUACUCUCUUUGAAAAGAUCAUUUCCAGGAUGUCUUGUUUGACUUUUUUAACCUAAUGUUUUUCUUCGAAAGAUAACUUUACGUGACGUCAAGACGCUUUUAAGAAAAGCAAUGCUCUUGCUUGGCUCAAGGAUACUUUAAAGGCAACGACUCUUUUGCUGAAAAGGAUUUUCUUUUUUUCUUGCCUGUUGGCUUUUGGACACAAAUAAAAUGUUUGCCUUUCUUUGGAAAAUUUCUUUCUGCCUCUUGGUUUCGGAAGUGAUUACAGGAGACCUUCAAGCAAUUGCAGCAGAAGAAAAGCAGGCUAAAGAUGCUUCACCAACCCCUCAGCUCAGUGUCUGGCAGUUUGCAAGCUCCUCUCUGCCUCCUGAACUGAGAAAGCUUCAUGGUAUUGUGGAGGCUGAGCAAGUCAACAGGCAUUCGCUGCGCCGAAGGAAGCGCUCCAUUCUGUUUCCCAGUGGAGUUAAGAUCUGCCCCGAUGAAUCUGUUGAACAGGCUAUUGCCAACCAUCUGAAAUACUUCAGGCUCAGAGUGUGUCAGGAAACAGUCUGGGAGGUCUUCAAGACAUUCUGGGAUAGACUGCCAGAGCGUGAAGAGUAUCACACCUGGAUGAGCCUGUGUGAGGAAGGAACAAUGAGCAUUUUUGAAAUGGGCAUGAACUUCAGUCAAUCUGAGGAGCACCGAAGUCUGAUUGUGAAGAAACUGUCCUAUACAAAGGAAGCAAUGGCUGGCUCCUGCACUGACUGGUCAUGUGGUGGAACUCCAACUCCAGCUUCAGAUGCUGAUGUUACCACACUGAGAGACGCAGCUGCCAAUGUUCCUCCUCCUCAUGAGGUCUCAAUUGAGAGUCCUCCAGGUGGUACCAGCCAUGAGAUCGAAGAUGCAGACACUACUAUCAAUAAUGAGAUAAAGAAGGAGGAUGAGACUCCAGUGAGACCUGUAACUGAGCAGAUGAUUGAGUUCAGCAUUGUGAUUGCUGGAGAGAAGUACAGCGAGGAGUUGAGCGACCCAGACACUGCAAAGUAUCAGCUACUCUCUGAACAAUUUGUUUCUCAGAUCCAAAAUGUAUUUGAAGGACUACCUGGAUACAAAAACAUCCAUGUCCUGGAAUUCAGUGGGGUGGAAGUUCACUAUGCUGUUACAUUUGAUGGAGAAGCCAUCAGCAAUGCCACUUGGGACCUGAUUAACCUUCAUUCCAACAAGGUGGAGGACAACUCCUUUAUGGGAAUAGAAGAUAAUCCAACAGUUGUUUACACCAUCAGCGAUUUCCAAGAUUAUAUUGCCGAAAUUCUCCAGAAAAAUGCCUUGCUUGAAAACACUUCCUUGACAUUAGACCCUAACUCUCUCCAGCUUAUUAAUGUGAAAGAAAUAUUACACCCUACCCAAGAAGAUCCAUCCUGGAUUACUGAGCAUCCAACUGUAUUGGAGCAUGUGGAGUUUGAUGAUAACACUUUUUCAGCUGAACGGCCUUCAGCGGAUGAAUCAACUGUCAGCAAUACCUUGCCCUUUGACUUCACCAAGCCAGAUUCCACUUUAGAUAGUGAAGAGUCCAACGACAAUGAAAUCCGACCAAGACCAGAAAGGUUGGACUCUGAGGUCAGUUUGAUACCUGAAGCUCCACUUUCCUCAGAGGCUGACAUCACAUCUUUGCCAGAUGGGCUGAAUUUAGAGGAUGGAAAUCAGACUCCUGCUUUGGUCACUGCACCAGUGAUAGAUCAUGAUUCUCUGGACUCUCUGGAGUGGCUUUCAGCCCCUGAUUCUUCAGAUGAGUUUGAAGAUACUGGACUAUCUGAUGACUUUCUUCUGCCUUCAAGUCCCCCUUCUUACCUUGCGCCUGAAGAACCUCCAUCUACAGAUGAUUACACAGCUCCCCUGCUUUCUGCACCAACAGUGGCCUCCUCAUCAGUCGUGGAGACCGAUACAAAAAGAACAGUGACUGCUGAGAAGGAAGAAGUAACUCAGGGUAGUCCUGCAGACAGUAGCAGUGCAGAUUCUUUGUUGCACGAGUCUGUGGAAGAAAGUCCUUUUCCUUUAGAACGUGAAAAUGAUAUUUAUCUUGGAGAUAGAAUUAUAUUUGAUGAUGGAUCUGGUUCAGCUUUUGAUGGUUCAGGGAAAGGAAUGGAACCAAGUAUUUGGCCUUGGGAUAUGGCAACACUGGAACCAGUUUUCUACCCUGGUCCUGAUAGCUGGCUUGAUGAUGAUAAUGAUUCUUUGUUAAUCAGAACUGAAGAUAUUCCCGAAGGUCUGAUCUUAGAUUAUAUACUUAACUCUAGGAAUAAAUUAGAGGAUGAUCCUUCCAAAGAUGAGAAUGAAGGUGUGGCCAAUAUAAAAGAAAAUUUCCUUGACGAGUCUGAAAUAUUUGUCUUUCCAGAAACUACAACUCAGCAGGUACCUCUGCUACAGACAGGAGAGCCAUCAUCUGUGGAGCCAACUACACAGAUGGAAACACUGAGCAUGGAUGAUUCUUCUUUUGUUAAACCGUCCUUUGUUUUGGAGCCAUCAGAGGACUAUUCCUUUGCAGACUUGCCAACUGGAGAAGAUCCUUUCUUACCACACAGUACAGGUCUGUCUGUUGAAGAUAGUCUCCUUACAUCUACAGUAACUCUUGGUAUGGAGGAUAGACUCCUUACAUCUACUGUAGCCCUCAGUGUAGAACAAUCAGAAGAGUACAGUGUAGGUCAGGAGAUCAUUUCUGAAGCAGUUGAACAUCAAAAUGAAGACAGGCCAACAGAGGAAGAAUUAUUCACAGCAGAGCAGUCAAAUGUAGCUGAAGCUUCUACAACAGGUUACUUGGACAAAAGCUCUUUAGAAACUGUUCUGACUGUGGAAUCUUUUGAGGUAAGCACUGAUAGUUCCACAGAAGAGCACCAAACCCUAGAUUCAUCAUUGGCAGACCGAGACACUGGAUUAGCAAUAAAGAAGCCAGUUGAUGUUUGGCCUACUGACAGAGUGCUAGAGAAGACAUUAGAUCAAACAGUGCAAUCAGCAAUGCCGACUGCAGCUCAAGUUUCAACUGCAGUUCCUUCUUUAAUAGAUCAAGCCACUGCUCUAGAUGGCUUUGCUGGGCAGGAUGGUACAGAACAUGACACACAUGUUUCCAUGAGUAUCAGCACCAUUCUGAAGUCCUAUGUAACUGUAACAGCAGGCACUGUUGAGCUUCCAUCUCAUCUCCCUCCCGUGGCAUCCACAGUGUCAUCAUCUGUGGUUACCUCAGCAAAGCUGGGAGGUGAAACAACAAGAGUCCUGGAUGUUUCAGUGGACCUGGAUCAUGUGAGUAUGGUCAGCUUUUCUCCUGAGCCGAGUGAGGAGGCAAAGAGCAUGACUGACAGUCACGUGGAGCCAACUACCCAUGCCCACUCCACAGAGAUGGCCGGCGUGGCUUGGCCCACGCAUGAAAAUCACAAUAGCACUCCUGUUCCAUCACGAGCUUUAGUUGUGUUUUUCAGUCUUCGGGUUACCAAUAUGAUGUUUUCAGAAGACCUGUUCAAUAAGAAUUCCCCUGAAUAUAAAGCAUUAGAGCAACGAUUCUUGGAACUGCUGGUGCCAUACCUUCAGUCAAAUCUAACAGGCUUCCAGAAUCUGGAAAUCCUGAACUUCAGAAAUGGCAGCAUUGUGGUGAACAGUCGAAUGAAAUUUGCCAAACCUGUGCCUCGAAACGUCACCAACGCUGUGUAUAUGAUCCUGGAAGACUUCUGCAACACUGCAUAUCACACUAUGAACCUGGCCAUUGAUAAAUACUCUCUGGAUGUGGAAUCAGGAGAGCAAGCAGAUCCCUGCAAGUUCCAGGCCUGCAACGAGUUCUCUGAAUGCUUAGUAAAUCGCUGGAGUGGGGAAGCUGAGUGCGUCUGCAAUCCUGGCUACCUGAGCAUUGACGGGCUGCCCUGCAAUAGCAUUUGUGAUCUGCAACCCAACUUCUGCCUGAAUGAUGGCAAGUGCGACAUCAGUCCUGGGCAAGGAGCCAUAUGUAGGUGUCGCGUAGGAGAGAACUGGUGGUACAGAGGGGAGCACUGUGAAGAAUAUGUGUCUGAGCCACUGGUCGUGGGUAUUGCCAUUGCUUCUGUGGCAGGAUUCCUUCUGGUGGCAUCUGCUGUUAUCUUCUUCUUGGCAAGGACCCUUCGAGACCAGUACACAAAAAGCGACACCGAGGACUCACAGGGGCAGGGUGACAGCCUCUCGUCCAUUGAGAAUGCAGUUAAAUACAACCCCAUGUAUGAAAGUGAUACGACUGGCUACAGCCAUUAUUAUCGCAGAUACCCUCAGCUAACGUCCUACAGUUCUACCAGUGCAGAGACAUCCACCGACUACAGCAGUGAAGAGAUAAGGCACAUUUAUGAAAACAGUGAGCUUACUAAGGAGGAAAUUCAGGACAGAAUUCGAAUUAUAGAGCUCUACGCUAAGGACCGUCAGUUUGCAGAGUUUGUUAGGCAGCAUCAAAUGAAGCUGCUUUAAGAAAAAAAAAAGAAAUCAGUAGAGAGCACGUGGGAGAUAAAGACUACCUUGUUGCCAUAGCAAUGGGCUCAGAUGUAACUGCAAAGUUACUUAUAGUCUUAACAUUGCAUGGAUGGAUACAGAUGUUUUCUAAAUGAAUGGCCGAAAUGUACAGAUGUCUGUUUAUCUCAAUUACCUCUGGCUUCUCUGCAUAAAGUGACAUUUUUAAGAGGUGAUCAGAAGUGGCAGAGGUUAUGAAAGUUCAUUUUUCAUUAACUCUGAAAUGGACAAUGGUAAUUUGUAUAUCAAGGCAAAAAAAAUCUGCUCAGAAAAGAGAAGAUACGUGCACAAACUAAAAAUAAAAGGCACCUUUUAAAUCCCGUCUGGCAUUUAUCCCCUCACUGGAGUCUACUGUAGUGAAUUCACAAGUACAAAGCGCUAGUGGAAAGAAUGUGGUUUGCACGUGAAUGGUUUGUAGGAGAGAAGCACAGUGAUACUAGGGUGUUAGCAUUAUUUUAAAGCAUUCUCAGCAUAAACACAAACGUAAAAUCGUCGGAAAAGUUGUUAUUUUACACAACUGCCUGAUUAAACUUUUGCCACCUGGCAUUAGCAAAACAGCACAGUGCUGAGGCUGCAGCCCUCUGAAAUGCUCUCUCCACACAGUAAGUGUCACUGCUGGCUUGCAGUGACCACAUCUGGUGCCAGACCACAACAGGGCACUCCUGCAAUACAGAAUUAUAAUGUCACGAUGGUUGACACUCCAUCUUUUCCUGAAAGACACACGGGCAGGGGCACAGAAGGUCUUCUAUCAUACAAAUGUUGUGUAAAAGUUAAGUGACCAACAUUGACUUUUUUGUACAUAGACAAUUUGUUGUUAAGAUGCAUUGUUUAUUUGUUGUUUAUUUCCUUACCAGCUUAUUUUCAGAAUGGAUUUGACUGCUGAAAUAGAAAGAUGAAUAGGUUAAUGACAAAAUACUAAGGUGAUGUUUGUGCCCAUCUUUUUUAAAGCCAUAGUUAGUAUUUACUUAGUGUUGAAUUCAGCCAAAUAUUCGUUACAUUUUCUUUUCUGAACUGAGCAAUACUGACCCACCAGUCUGUGUUUCAAAAUCAAGCUGUGGUAUUUAUACGCAUACAUAUUUGCUGAAUGGCAAUAGUUUCUUAGGGGGAAGGAAAAAAGCCAGACUCAUCUCAGCCGGGGUAGUCUUUCUCCAGGAGAAGGAGCCCUCCUGAAGCAUUUUAGAGCAACUGAAUACUUAUGGGGACCUUACAAGAUACAGAAACUGCAUUUUAUCUUGAAAUUCUAAAGAGUGUUUUGAUCACCUGUUGAGGUAUGUGGGAGCUCUGGUUAGACACAACAUUUGUGUUGCUAAGGCACUAACACUGCAGUCAGGGCUAGGGCACAAACAGUCUGCAGUAGCUUCUACCUGCAAACAAGUCCAAGAUGCUUGUUGUCUUUACAAAGAUAAUUGUAGCUCUCUGCCCACACGUGCCAACAGCCACACAAUACUUUUACAAGUUCAGUGUUAGUGAGAAUUACUUACUUGACUAUAAGCUGAUUUACGCAAGCAAGUAAAGAUUUCAGUGCAAUUUCUCUAUGUAUUCUGGAGAACCUUGCUGAAUCACUUCCAUGGUAUCUUUUUGCCUUGAGGGACAGCAAAUAGUUAGCAGAGCCGCAAAUCUGUCAAAGAAAGGUUUACAGAAAUCACUGUAAGCCCAAAUAAUAUAAGGCAGUGGAAUACGGUACAGAUUAAUACUGUUGUGACUAGGUAUUAGAAGACAGAGGUCACACAGUGUGACCCAGUGCUCUCAGGGCAGCUGGGAUCAGGUACGUCUUAAUGAUACUCAACUACCUGCUGGGCACACUCUUGGUUACACUGAGCUUGUGGUAUUUCAGUGUAUAUACCAUGUCUCUUUCCUGUUUGUGUGUGUGUACCUAUAAGCAUAAUGAUAUUUUCACUACAAUAAAAUACAAUUUCCAAAAUGCUUUUUCUAGAAAAUUGAUGUGGAGACUGUGAGUUUGACAUGAAGAAAUGAUGUAUAUUAGCCAUGAGGAGUUGUGCACACAGUGGCAGGAAGUUUGGUGUGACUUCUUUUAAGACUGAGUUGGUUAAGCUGUUGACCUCAUUGCUAGCACAAGUGCCAAGCAUCAUUCUUUAUCACUUGCAGGGUUAUAUUCUGAAAAUUCAUGCUGCAAAACACAUAAUGAAGGGCUUUGCUUUCUACUAUGAUCUUUGCUCAUUAUAAAGCUAUGUUGGCUCUAAUUAAAGAACCAAAACAUGUUACUGAGGGGAUCUUGAUUUCUUAACAAAAACAAAAGACCCCUCCUCCUUCAGGCCUCCUCUCAUGAACUCUGAUGAUGCAUCUCACAAUAUGUCACGAAGAACCUAAUGAACUGUCUUGUUUUAAAGUUUCCCAGCCAAAGGCAGAGACAAAACCCUCUAAAUAUCCUCAUAAAAACAAACCAAGCUCUGUAUAAAAAUCUAUCAGUACUUGCUAUUAAUUAACACAAAAUUUUUCACUUGCGGAAAGUCAAAAAGCACAGGUCUGAAUGUUGGGUUAAUUUAAGAGCACACAUAAAGGCAGUUUUUGUUUGCUUAUCAUGGGCCGGUCCAUCAGCUUGUGCUGACCAUCCAUAGCCCUCAGGCUUGAAACAGAUGAAAACAUAGCCCUUCACAACACUGCCAGCUGCCCUGUCACUGAGGCUCACAAACAGUAGCCACACAUUUCAGACUUGCAGAAAGCACUGGGGGGUAAGCUCAGCCUUUACCAGUCCAACCUGUCACUCACAUCCCUGAUCAGACCUGCAGGAAGGUGUCCUUGAUGACAGAGGCAGCACAAGGAGCAGGAGAGAACUCCAAACUCUCCCCAACCCUGUGUCUGUGAGCAGCAGAGAUGCAAAGGUGUUACAGCUGCACAGCAGGGACAGGCAUCUCCUCCUGGUAAAGCAAAAACUCAAUGCCAGUAUAUCUGUAAGCACUCUAGGACAGACACAGACUGACUUUGUACAGCAUGUGGAAUCCAACAGAGUGCUGUCACUCUUUAAGUAUUAGUAGUUAUGCACAGCAAUUUUCUGGUGCUUUCUGGUUACUCAAAGUGUGCUACAGCACCAGCAGCAGUUCUGCCUUAUCUUUCCACUGCUUGAUUUGGUUUGGGAUCAGCAAAUCAUUCUACAUAAUAUCCAUCCGCUUGCUUUUGUUUCUCAAAUGAAAA